CUCCCAUCAACGAUAAGCAUUGCUGCCUGCUUGUCUUCUCGAAACUCCGAUCCUCGAAUGAACCCCUGAAAGUCAGCCCAACAUGAACACAACCUUCAACUCAGCUCUCAAGCAGAGCACCUCCAUCCGCAAAGACCUUGCCGCCCUCUCCUCACACGAGCUCGAUCCGACCUCUCUCACGCCCGCCGCGCUGGGCUCUCUCUCAGCCUCCCUAACCGCCUUCAACCGGACCAUCGACGAGUACAACCACCUCGCCAAGCAGGAGCUCAACGCAGCCAAGCAGGAAAAGGCCUACGAGAGGAUACGCAACUUCCGGUCCGAGCUGCACGACUUCCGGACGCAGCUGGACUCGCUGAAAUCCAAGCGCGAGGAACACAUGCACGCGCAGAACCGCGCCGAGUUAUUGGGGCGCAGGCCGUUUGUGGCGAGUACGCCUGAGAAUCCGUAUGCUAAUGCGUCGGCGUCGGCGACGGCGACGGCGACGAGCAGCGCUACGGGAGGAGGAGGAGGGUACGGAAUAUCGCAUGCGAGGACGAAUAGCAUGGCCGAGUCGGGGAGGAUGGGCAGCAGCAGUGUACUGGGCUCCGGGGACGCGAGUCGCGAGCAGCAUGCGCUGAGGGAGCAGGAUUUCUUUAGGAGCACGCACUCGGCGCUGGACGACUACAUUGCGAGGGGCCAGGCGGUGCUGGGCGAUCUGAACCAGCAGAGGGAGAUCAUGAAGAAUACGCAGCGGAAGCUGUACUCGGUUGGCAACACGCUGGGGAUCAGUGGCGAUACCAUCAGGAUGAUUGAGAGGAGGGCGAAGCAGGAUAAGUGGAUCUUUUGGGGAGGGGUGGUGGUUUUCUUCUUGUUCUGUUGGUUGGUGUUGCAUUAUUUGAGGUGAGCUUGCUUGUUGCUGCGUUGGUGGUCGAAACAUGGGUUUUAUGGGGAAAAAAAAAAGAGACAGACGGGACUAAUUGUUGAUGGGUUAUCUUAUUAGCGGUGGAGGAGGACUCUUAGCGAAGGUCCGUUCAGAUUGCGGCAUGGGGCCCGGCGACGGCGGCAUCUGUCUCACAGUCAUCAAGCGUGGAGUUUUGGGUGCUGGGCUUGGUCUGGUUUACUUUUUAACUAAACAAACAUGGU